AUGGAAAAAAAAAAUGAUGAUAAAACGAGACAGGAUUUUUUACACAUGAGCAUUGAAAAACGACGUCAUUUAUUUGCACGAAACCUUGCCCUUGGAAAAUUUGACGUUAAAGAUGGAGGAGAGUCUCGUGGAAAAACACAAAUGAUGUAUCAUAACACGACGAUGACGACAUCGUCGUCUGGAUCUUUUCAAAAUCCACCAGACAGAAGGUUGACCAUAUUGUCUCCACAUUCGGCAAAUUGCACUCCGGAUUUAUUACAAUUUGGACAAUUUAAAGAAACAAAUCGUAAAUCAUUAACUUUGCCCAAAUUAUUACUUCCGAAUACUAACGAAUGUAACGUCAUAAGGAAAAAAGAAAAUGAGGUCACCGGUAUGGCUGGCGGACACACAUAG